CAGACAAUGUAGCAUGUACACUGCAUGUUUUAUUCAUACUAGUUGAUUUCAUCAAAGUGAACCAAAAUGAUAAGAUUUCUCCAAAUUGUUCACAACCAGUUGGGUUCCUUGGAGGUAGCCUCUUUCACACUGUGGAGCAGUGCUUCAGUUUGGCAAGCACAGUGAAUGCCAAUGUGGUAUACAUUUUGCACUUAAAAGAGGGAGACCAUUGUAAAAUCUACAAGUGUGAAUUGAACAACAUUGAAAAAGAUUGGAACUAUAGUUGGACAAAAGAACCAACGAAGGAUGCAGGAGUCACAUAUGCCCUUCCACAUGAGUACAACAAAAGGUGUCAUAAUUCCUACUUUGUAAGAAAGAUGGACAUUAGGAGCAAAACAUUUUCUGGCUGUUAUCUCUUAUCCAGAUACCAAAACAUAAAACAUCUCAGGGAAUGUGAGGCAAUGGCUUGUAAUGAUAAAGCAAAUACUUUCAAUUUUUACAAUGAUUCUGAAAUCAUUUGUGAAACAAUGCAUUGUGAGUGGAAUACAACUCUAAAUGAUUAUGAUUUAAAAUUGAAACCCAUGCUCAAUAAUAGAACUGCUAGCAUAUAUAGGCUAUCCCAUGUUUCAAAACCAUGCAAUACGUUGUCUUGGAAUGACUCCGUAGAACUCCCAUUCAGAGAGCCUAACUGUUGGCCAAGCUUCUCAGUUGAAUCCUUUCAGGAAAAAGACGAAAAUCUUCAAAACUUUUGCAGCUUUGGAGCUAACACUUUUCAAAAUCAAAUUGCAGCAGUUUCACGUGUUACUGGAUAUAGGUGCCCGAGUAAUGAAGAAGGCACAGAUUGGAAAUAUUCACCUAUUAGAUAUGACACUUAUAAGUUUCCAUCAACAAAGUGGAUAACAGUUCCGUAUCCAGGCACCCCAAACUGUAAUUCCUCCUACAUAUAUAAAAUGGUUAGUCAUAAGGACCAAAAUCAAAUGGCCAACUGUAGUCCUUCUAAAACAAUUCAACAAGCGAGGGAUUUGAGACAAUGCAUGAUAUAUGCUUGUGAAUUAGGUUUCAAUGUGAUUAACUACGACAGUUCAACAAAAUCAGGUCUCAAAUGUCACCUGCUAGAGUGCCAUAAACAUCACAGCGAAAACUAUGACUUUGAGUAUGUCACAGUAAAGCAAGACGAGAAGAGACACAAGAUUCAGGUUUAUGCGCUUCAAUAUGAAACAAAUCAGAAACCCAAAAUAGGCAGUACAUUGGAACCUCCCAAGAGUGCACCAUCCGAGACUCCAGCACAAUGCAAAAAAUAUGAUCCAUUGGUUACAUUUCUUAAAAUAUAUUCCCCCAUGUCUCUGGUGGCCAUUGUUCUGCUUAUCCUUGUCAUUGUAUAUCUAUGGAACCCCUGCCCAGAUGCAAAAUUGAGAAACUGGUUACGAAGAAUAACUAAAGGAAGCCAUGACGUGGAAUUACAAGAUGGAGCAACAAAAACAUCUGGGCAAGAAGAGCUGAAUUCCCCAAUUGGACACAACCAAAGUGAUGACCAACAUGAUGCACCAAAGAAUCAGACUGAUUUAUCUAAAGAUCCCUGUGACUCCAACAAACAGAAUGGCGCUAAAAAUGAUACUGGUGGAGCACAAACAAGAACCUCUAAAGAUGGAGUCGCCUAUCAGAGAGUACCCUCCAAAGAAGAUAAAGAUAAUAAAGUAAAUGAGACCUCUCAAGCCGAGAAGACAGUAAUACAGAUUUCGAAAGAAACUAAAGCAGAAUGACAGGACGUCAUGAGAUAUUUAUGAACUGAAUGAGAUGAUAAUGCUAUAUGGUUACUAACCUAUAGUGUACACUCUUGGGGACCAAUGUGGUUUCACCAAGUUAUCACUCCCUGAUGAUGUUGGCGACAUGUUUGAUAUUGUGCUCAAUGGGGAUCGGAGUGGCGAUUUCUUAUCACUUGGUCUCGCUUUAACAGGUGUAAAUUUCCUAACUCGUAUAAACGAUUUCUUAACUGGAAUCUGCACACGCUUGUUUGGUGACUUAUAAUCCUUAGACAUUGUUGGAGGUGAUUUUGCUUGGGGUGAUUUCAUGUGUGAUUUAAUAACUGUCUGCCCUGUUGAUUUUUUCACUUGUUUCCAUCCAUUUUGAGAUGUUGAUGUCAAGGGAGAUUUCAUGGGGGAUAUCUGAACUGAAGUCGGAGAUCUCAUAGGAAUCGAUUG